AUGUCAACACAACAAGCAUUAGCUCAGGCUAAUGAACAUGCUUUAAGCCAAGCAAAUGAUUUAAUUAAAGUUGGAUCAAAAUUAAGAGCAUUAAGUGUCUUAAGAGAUUUAUUAAGUGAUCGUAGUCAAUGGCAUUCAAGUUUAGAACAAAUUAUGUCAUUAUACGUUUCAUUAUGUGCUGAACAAUUAGAUUAUCAAUCAUUAAGAGAUGGUAUUCAUCAUUUCAAAGUUUCAAUCAUGUCACAAAAGGAAUUCUCAAUUGUACCAUUAGAAAAUAUCUUUAAAGAAAUCAUUACACCAAUUGAACAAAAAGUAGACGAAUUAAAAGAGAAAAUUGAAAAAGAAAAUCAAGAGAAUCCAUUAGUUGAACAAAAUGAAAUCUCACUCAUUGAUCCACAACAAACUCUCUUAUUCUCUUAUAUGAAAUAUUUAUUUGAAGCUUAUAAAGCAAUGAUUGAAGUACUCACUCGUCAAAAUACUAAAUUUGAACAUACUAAAUUUGAUCAUUCUAAAUUUGAUUCAACUUUACUUAAAAUUUCAACUCAAGCAUUAAAUUAUUGUUCAAAAUAUCAAAGAAAACCAGAUUUUAUGGUAUUAACAGAAUUAUUUAGAUCAAGUAUUGAACAAUUAUUUAAAGUACCAUCAUUGGAUACAGUGAAUACUCAUAUUGAAAUUCGUUUCCAUCAAUUGACCGUUGCAAUUUCAUUGGGAUUAUAUUUGAUUGCUUACAAGUCAAUUGAAGAUAUUAAUAUUAUGUUAUUCUCAUUGUUAGUUAAACCAAAGCCAGUAGUUUUAGCAACAUACUAUCAAAAGUUGGCUCAAGUCUAUUGGAUUACCAAUGCUCAUUUAUUACAUGCCUACGCAUUAUAUAAACAUUAUGUUUACAAUAAGAAUUAUAAUAUGAAUUUCACACAAGCCGAUUCUCAAUUAUACUCUUCAGUAUUAUUGGUUGCUGCAUUAUCAUCACCAAUUCAAGAGGUUAAUCAAAAUCAAUCAUUAUUACAAUUUGAUUCACAAUCACAAAGAGCUAUGGGAUUGGCAUCAUUGUUGUCACUCCAAUCCAUUCCAAAACGUGAAACUUUCCUCGUUGACGUUCGUAAGGUUACCAAUGAAGUUUAUCCAGAGUUGGCCGAUCUCGCUUCAAUCUUUGAGAAGAAAACAUCACCAUUGAUGUUUGCCAAGCUUUUAGAGCCAAAGAUUAAAUUCAUCGAAGGUCACGCACAACUCUCUCAAUACUUAAAACCAUUCCUUCGUGUAGUUUUCACAAAGAUCGCUCUUCAAGUUAGCAAAGUCUACGAAGUUAUCAAGAUUGAAGAAUUCAUUAAAUUGGUACCAUUCUAUACAAAGACUCAAAUUGAACUCUACCUUUUGGAAUCAAUAAAGAGAAAGUUAAUCGGUGCUAGAAUCGAUCAUAAGAAUGGUGUAAUUCGUUUCGGUCACUACGACUUUGACUCUGCCAAAAUCUCUGAUCAAUUAUCAAACUUGGCCACUGGUGUUGGUAAAGCUUUGAAUAUGAUUGAACCAGAAAAGAAACAACAACAACAUGAUAAACUCAAGAAAGAGGUCUACGUCAAGAUCAUCAAUUCACUCCAAGAUGAACAUCGUCGUAUUCUCGCUCGUAAGGAAAUCAUUGAAAAGAAGAAAAUCUACAUGGAACAACAAGAUCGUAUCAAGAAACAAAAAGAACAUGAAGAACUUCAAAAGAAAAUCCAAGAGAAAGUCGCUCGUGAUCAACAACGUCUCAAAGAGGAUAUGGAACGUCGUGAAAAAGAACAAGCCGAAGAGGAAUCACAACAAAAUCAACUCGAUCAAACCAUCAAUGCCAUCGAUAAAGCCAAGGUUGAAAUGAAAGCCAAGAUCGCUAAAAUCGCCAAACAAUUGUACAUUCUCGAACGUGCCUACCGUGAAGAGGAAUUACCAGUCGUUGAAAGCCUCCAAAAAACUAAAGCCGUCGAAGAUAAGCAAUACUUUGAAUCAACUCAAGCCGAAUUCCUUAAACUCCAUCGUGAAGUUCAUGACCGUAAUGUCACCGAAAAAGCUCGUCUCAACAGAAUCGUACCAGAAUAUCAAAAAUUCACUCAAGCCGUCAUCGAAGAGAGAAAGAAACAAUUACCAGCCCUUCAAAAGGAGCAAGAAAAGAGAUUCCAAGAGUUCCUCAUUCAACAAGAACAAGAUGUCCAAGAGAGAAAGGCAAAGAGAGAGAAAGCUCGUAUCGCCGCUGCCCAAGAAAAAGCUAGAAAGGAAGAACAAGAAAGAGAAAGACUCGAACAAGAACAUUUGGAACAAGAACGUUUGGAAGAAGAGAGAAAGAAUGCUCCAUACGUUCCACCAUCUUCAAGAAGAACUUUCAGAGACGACGAUGAUGAACGUGAAGAAAGUGGUAGAUGGGGUGGUAGACGUGGUGGUGAUGAUUUCGGUAGAUCCAAAGCUGAUGAAGGUGAUCGUUGGGGUAGACGUGAAGAUGCUCCACCACCAAGACGUGACGAAGGUGGUGAUCGUUGGGGUAGACGUGAAGAUGCUCCACCACCAAGACGUGAUGAAGGUGGUGACAGAUGGGGUAAACGUGAAGAUGCUCCACCACCAAGACGUGACGAAGGUGGUUGGGGUAGACGUGAUGAUGCUCCACCACCAAGACGUGACGAAGGUGGCGAUAGAUGGGGUAGACGUGAUGAUGCUCCACCAAGACGUGAUGAUGCUCCACCACCAAGACGUGAUGAUGCUCCACCACCAAGACGUGAUGAAGGUGGUGAUCGUUGGGGUAGACGUGAUGAUGCUCCACCAAGAAGAGAUGGAGGUGGUAGUGGUGGUUUCGGUGGUAGACGUGAUGAUGCCCCACCAAGACGUGACGAAGGUGGUGAUCGUUGGGGUAGACGUGAAGAUGCUCCACCACCAAGACGUGACGAAGGUGGUGAUCGUUGGGGUAGACGUGAUGAUGCUCCACCAAGAAGAGACGGUGGUGGUGGUAGUGGUUUUGGUAGAAAUCAAGGAGCCCAAGGUGAUCAAAACGAUAGCUGGAGAUCCGAUAACAAAAAAGAAGAAAACAAAAAAGAUGCUGAUGGUUGGCAAACAGUUGGUGCCAAAAAGAGAUAUUAA